UAUGUCCUGGCCCAGGAAACGCAAAGGUUAGUUUGGAGGAGUGAAAUGAUUUUCAUGAGUUUUGGGAGAUAAUUUGUUUUCUAAGAUUAAGGUGUUGCCUUCCUGCAACACUAUCUAGCCGAUAAGUUACUGAGAGGGGAUCUCUGUUGAGAGUGAAUCCGUGUAAAUGGCGUCGACAAAUGAUCCAUUUCAAUUUCAAGAAUUUGAAGAAGCUGGCAGUCUAUUAGAAGCCAACAGAGAUGCAACCACCAUAAGCAUUGAAGAUGAAGCUAUCCAAGCUGAGAACCAGAGAAAAUCUGGUGGUUUAACUGCUGGUGGUGGUGAUGAUGAUGAGGACCCACUUGCCUAUGACGACAAGUCUGAGCUUCUCUCUGGGCAAAAGAAAAGUGUCCCUUUCUGGACAUUCGAGUACUACCAACAAUUCUUUGACAUUGAGACCCAUCACGUGAAGGAAAGAAUCAUUGGAUCAGUGCUGCCAUGGCCUGGAAAGAACUUUAUUCAGGUCUAUCUUCGUCGAAAUCCUGAUCUUUAUGGACCAUUCUGGAUUUGUACCACUCUUGUGUUUGCCAUUGCUAUCAGUGGUAACAUAUCCAACUUUCUGGUGCACUUAGGCAAGCCAAACUACAAGUAUACCCCAGAGUUUGGUAAAGUGACCAUAGCUGCAACAGCAAUCUUCAGCUAUGCUUGGUUGGUGCCUCUUGCCCUCUGGGGUUUCCUGCUAUGGAGAAACAACAAGAUCAUGAACUUGGUGUCAUACUCCUUUAUGGAGAUAGUCUGUGUGUACGGCUAUUCACUUUCAAUAUACAUUCCAGCGGUGGUCUUAUGGAUUCUUCCAUAUCAAUGGCUGAGGUGGACCUCCAUCGUGGUGGCUCUUUGCCUUUCUGGGUCAGUGCUGAUGAUGACUUUCUGGCCUGCAGUCCGGGAUGACCACCCCAAAGUGAUCAUAGCAGUCAUGUCAGCCAUUGUGUUGUUCAACGCCCUGCUUGCUGUUGGUUGUAAGGCCUAUUUCUUUAGCAACCCACAACCAGAUCUACCACCUAACUCUACAGCAAUCGAGGUGAAGCCUUCGUCAUGAAAGCCUUUCAUUGUUUGAAGGUUCUCCUGUUGCCUUAUUAGAAAGAAUCGGGUUGCUGUGGUGAUGAAGUCAUUGGUCGUCUAGAUUUCACCUGCACUUGGACAUUCUGGCUUAAGACCUUUAACCCAGUGUGUAUACUUAGUGCACCUGCAUGACCUUUGGAAAUGAACACCACUAUUAAGUAUGUUUUUUCUUAUGGGAUGGGUUCUAAAUUAACAAAGCACACAAGAUCUCUUUUAGUAUGGUAAUUUUAUGCUUUAUAGUUCUUAGGUUGAAAUAUACAGAUAACCAGUAUGAGCAGUGAUGUGGUGGCAGUUUGUAUAUGCAUUUUUUAUAUACCUAUAAAGACAACUGGUUUGUAUAUGUAUGUACAGAAUUUUCCACAUAAACAGGACAACAAUUAUAGGUAUUGGUAAGAUUUUCAAGGGUUUGGACUUAUUAUGUACACAGAGUUACUGUAUUUUUCUCUAACUGAUAUAAGUGCCCUUAGCUAAUGCCAAAGACCCAUCGCAAAUGUCCAAGUGAUUUACAACUUGUGUAACUAUUUUUGUAAUUCAUUUGUUUUCUAUUGUUACAGACUGCAUUUGAUGAAAUUUAAUAUGUCUGUUUCAUGGGGAAUAAAAUAAAACAUGGUCUAUG